UUCUCCUCUCUUUAAUAUCAGUGAUUCUUUUUGUCUCCUUUGUGUUUUAUUUGGCCUGAAGUGUGGAGACAGACACUAAACUGUGACUGCGGAUCAUUUCUCCAGAAUACUUUUUGUGUCGUUGUGAGUGUGAGUGAAAACAAACAGUAACGAGCAAAGUCUGCAGCUCAGCGAGUGAAUGGCUUACAAUGAGUAAUAAUAAUCAGAGUCACGACCUAUGUGGGUUGCCCCCGAGUUUGCACAACGAGGACGAGGCUCUGGCCAUAGAAAACGCCAUCAGGGCGGCUAUAAGCACGGUGCUGGGCGUGAUGUGCAGCGCCUGCAGCCGCAGAGCGCAGGAGUACCAGAGGAUGGUGGCGGACCGGGACAGAGAGAUCCGGAGACUGGAGAGCAAGUUGGAGGAAAGUAAAAGUGAGCUGCAGAAGUUGCAUGUGGAGGUCGGCAGGGGGCAGCCCGAGGGUCGAGUAGGUGCACCUACACACAUUUCACCCAAGUGCUGUGACACAACGGUGGCCUUUCCCCACCAACAUGCCCACACUGCUGAGAAACCCUUAUGGGAAGAUGAAAGAGCAGUUGGAGACCUGCCCUUUGGAUGCAUCGCCUCCCCGAUCAAAGAGGAACCUUCUGACCUGGAGAUUAAAUGGGAAGUGUCUGACGGGGGGUUGUUGGACCAACAGGAGGUGCAGUGUGGAGCUGAAUUUCAGCACAAAGAAAAAACUGCAAGCAAAGCCAUGGAUGACAUUGCCACUCUUAUUAAAGAAGCACUACCAAUGCGUAACACACCAGCUACUCUGCAACCCAUUUUGGAUGUCCUCCAAGACCUUGGGGUGGAUACGGUUGAAGAUUUAAAGUUUGUCCAGAUAGAUGACCUAGCAGGCGUGCUCAAGCCCAUUCAAGCAACAAAGCUUUUUGCACACUU